GUCAAGGAAACUAAAAGCUUGUUCCUUCCCAAACUAACCGUACAUGUUACCAAUAACUUAACCGGUGGUUUGCAACUUGGUGUUGAUUGUAAAGACAAAAAUACCGAUUUUGGAUUUCGAGCUCUACACACUGGCGAAAGUUAUGACUUUACUUUUCGGCCUAGACCCUUUAUACGAAGAUCCUUAUAUUUUUGUUCUUUUUCAUGGAUUACUGGAUUUCACCAUUUUGACAUUUAUGUUGAAACCCGAGAUCAAGAUGAUUGUGAAAAACAUUGUAAUUGGGUAGUAAAAGAAUCAGGGCCAUGUAAGAUAAAAGCUGGAUCUAUAGAAUGCUUUCAUUGGAAUCCAGAAGUUGUUUCAGGCGACGGACAACUUAGUCAUACUCUUAAUGUGUAA